AUGACAGAAAGUUUGCACACUUCAGGCCAUGUCAGCACGGACCAUCUCUUCCAGGAAGAUCUGCCCACAAGGGCUGAGAGCAACAGCAACUGCCUCUGGGCCUUUGCUCCAGCUGUGCCCCCAGCUUUGGAUUCUCCUCCCAGUCACACGAUCACGAGGAAACCGGGUUGGAGAGGUUCUUGCUUCCCGUACUGGUUAUGUUUACUCCUGAAUAUUCGCUAUUCAACCCAGGCUGGCAUUCAUGUCUUCAUUUUGGGCUGUAUCAGUGUGGUUCUCCCUAAGACAGAAGCUCACUGGCCAGAUGUACUACAAGAUUUGAAGCAUAUUGAAAAACUUAUUCAAUCUAUACAUAUUGAUGCUACCUUAUAUACUGAAAGUAAUUUUGAUCGGAACUGCUCAGUAACAGCAAUGAGAUGUUUUCUCCUGGAGCUCCACGUUAUUUUACAAGAGUGCAAAGAUGAGAAAAUUCAAGAAAAAGUAGAAAACAUUAUCAUACUAGCAAACGACAGUUUGUCUUCAAGAGGGAAUGUAACGGAAGGCAAAUGCAAACAGUGUGAGGAGCUGGAGGAAAAGAAUAUAGAGGAAUUUGUUGAGAAUUCAAUGCAGAUGGUACAAUGGUUCAUUGCCGGCAAAUGAUUGCCUUCGGCUUUCUGCUAGCUACCGAGCACCGCCCCACCGCCCGGGGCAACGCCACGAUGCUGUGUAUUCACCGCUGGACAGA